UAACAACACUGGCCGCUUAGUACCGAUUACAACUACAUGCAUAAAAUGACAGUAUUUUGUUCUCAAUGCCCUUGCAUAACAUAGAAGAAAACAUAACAUGUGUUUUAUUAUCUCUCGUACAUGCUUAAUUUAAGACUCUGUAAUGAUGGUGAUUUGUGACCCAACUAUAAUAUUCAGAACCAAAUCAUUAGAAUUUAAGCACGUUAUUUUGUACCCUGCUUUUUGAGCUCUCUCUUUAUUUGUUAUUGUUAUUAUAUUAUGCAUGUCGCUAUGUCGUACUGAUGGUUGGGGCAGAGUAUGGGGGCGCUCGGACUCGGCUAGGUGAAAAAGGGGGCGGUGGGCGAAAAAAAGUUUGAAAACCACUGUGAUAGAUGGUCAGGGAAACAAAAGCACCAAUGAAAUCACAGUUCGAUGUGAUCCCAUCUGAUGCAGCCUUGUUAUUGGCCCUGCCUACAGAAUCACGCCUUGCUGUAGUUCGAUGUUUAAAGAAAUCAAAGGCGUCGAAAAGUUCACACCUGGGAGUGAUCCUUUCAUUGUAAGGCCCCUACACCUGAGGCGAACAUUGUAGCCUACCACUCGUCGAGUAAUUUAGAACGGAGAUGUGAUCGUAUGUAUGUAUACGAGAGUGGAUGAUCCAAGAAGUUGGUUUUUUUUGUUCAGUAAAACAUGAUCUAAAAUGCGAGAACUUCAGACCCCAGACUUAGGUAAUAAAAUUUGUUGUUUUUGGGCGGUUGUUUCACUUUUUUUUCUUCUUCUAUAAACAACGGAAUCUUAAGUGAACUGGGAUCGUAAACGAUGGGAUCUCAGGUGAAGACUACUAUGAUAGAUUAAACCGGGUAAAGUACUAUCCAAGACAGAAGAAUAUCUUCUGUUUUGGGUACUAUUAAAGGAGACUCGAACUCUUUCCAUCCACCCCACCCCCCCUUCCUUCAUCUUUCUUUAACAGAGAAGUUAUUUGCCGUUGUUGUUAAGCAGGUACUGGAUUUUAAAAAAAAUAUUGGAACCGCUAGGACAUCGAGCUAUAUUUUGACAUCAGUAAUAGUAUGAUAAAUGGGUUUUAAAACAUAAAAUAAGUCUUCUUUCUGAAUUUCCUAAUCUCAAGGACCUCAGAAUAAAACCCUCUUUCUUAUCUAGAUUCCAGUGCGAGAGUCGGGCAGCGCCCAACCCAGGUUGACCAUGGUUCCGUUGCGAGAGAGGGCCUCAGGCGUGCGUUGCCGCCCACAGAGCAGCCUCCGUUGUAUAAAAAUCCUUGCAUUUUCCCCAGCUUGCCUUCGCCAGGCCAGGGCCGCGGCGGCACGGCAAAAAUUGCCACAAAAUGGAAUCGGGCUCAUUUGGAAUCGUAGGCUAGAGGAAAAACGUACGAUCUUUGCUGGAUCUAUUAUUCUAUUCGACGUCGAUUACUACGAAAUACAAGAUCAAAAUGGCGCUGUUGAAACAAAAGCAAUGGACAGUGUGUGAUUAACUUUCAGUUUUUAUUAUAUUGCGUUUUAUUGGGAUAACAUCUAUAAAAACCAGGCUGCUGAGCAUCAGUGGCACUUCAAGUCAAGACCUGGCUUUCCCAUUUGUGCUGAUUGAUCACCAGUUGAGAGUGGAAGAAGCUAGCUUACCCUGCUGUCUAUCAGUCACUAAGUUACCUGUAAGAAGAAUUUGAAACUUUCCUGUUUUGUAUGGCAGGAGAUUUUGCUGUUGUAGCGAAUAUGGAACUCAGAAAAGGGGUCCUAUGAUGAUCCUAGGAGAGUUCAGUCUCAAUGAUUGAGAGAGCACUGAAGGAAGUUUAUGUCUCAAGAACACUCUGCUCUAGAAGGUAGUAAAUCAAACCUUGCUACUACCCAGGACUGGCCAUCUAUUCAAGAUGAGUGUUCAGAGGACUCCAGGGUGAUUUCAAACACCAGUUCUGAAGCUGUUCGCGGUGUGCAAGUUCAAACUGUUAAAGAGAAAAAACUUUUUCAAGGUCCAAGUAGUCAUGUAAAGGAAAAACAGAAUGUCAAAGAUAUUUGUAAUCAAGGUUUCUUUCUUGCUAAACAAUCCCCCUUUUUAAGCUCUGUGCCAAGUGUGUUUCAGGUAAAGUUUGGAUUUGUGAAAAAGAAUGAUGGCAGACAUGGAACAGAAGUGAAAAAUAUACUUUUUGGAAGUGAUGAAAACAGUAAGGCUCCCCUUCAACAGAAACAUACCAAUAUGGAGCCAGGAAAAAGGAGUCGGGACACAGAUAGCUUUGAUGUUGAUAGGGAGCUUGAGAUGAAAAAGUGCUAUCCAGCUGACCAGCAGAUGGAGAGAGAAGACAGAGAGGUCAUGAGUUUGGUCAAGAAGGAGCCUAUGGAGGAGUCACCGGACCUGAUAAGUGAACAACCUUCUUUACAUCAUGUGGCGUCCUGCAGAGGUGGCCAUGGUCCAAUCAAGGAUAUCAAUAGACGCCCAAGUGAACCCUUUGGUGACAACAGUCAGCUCUCAGCUGUUUCUUGUAAAGCCAAUGAAUCAAGUCCAAGAUUGCACAGCUCACCAAAGUCCUCUUCAGGGAGUCUCAGCUCUAUGGAUUUUUGUCAAGAGCAACCAGAUUCAUCCACUGGUACAUGUGAACAGUUAAAAGAAAAAAAUGAAUGUGUAGUACUCUGUCAAGUAUGUGAUGAUCUCGCUGCUGGAUUCUAUUGCGGGGCAUACAUUUGUGAGGCUUGCAAGAAAUUCUUCAUCAGAGCUUCCAAGUUGGAAUGUCCACGAUACGUGUGUUUGCGUCAAAAGAACUGCAUCAUCACCAAGGAAAGCAGGGUCCACUGCCAGUUUUGUCGAUAUCAGAAAUGUUUACAACUCAAUAUGCGAUAUGCAAAAGAAGGUCUGAAAGGGUCAGGAAAAGCUGGAGUGCAGGAGAUUCCGUGUCGUGUGUGUUCUGCCCCAUCAUCUGGCUUCCAUUUUGGAGCUCUGACAUGUGAAGGCUGCAAGGGAUUUUUUCGGAGGAUGGUGAAAGAAAGAGAGGCCUGUGCCUACAAGUGCAGCAAAGAUGGGAAUUGUGAAGUGAAUGCUAUGACCAGGAAUAUGUGUAAAGCAUGCAGAUAUCAUAAAUGCUUGCAGAUUGGAAUGUCUGUUGAAGGAAGCAGAAUAGGUCGUCAGCCCAAUGCAGUGAAGCACGCCAUUUCUAUUGAAGCGAAAAAGUUGGUGGCCUUGAAAACAGAACCUGGAACGAACUCUGGUGACAAUUCAUCAAACUUCAACUUUGACUCUGUCAUGCUGGACCCAUACUCACAGAGUGAUGUUGAUGAGAACUUGCCCUCUCUCCAAAUAUCUCAAGAGUCAUCUUCAUAUGAUGUCUCUCCUAGUUCUUUAUCAAGUCAUGGAUCAGAGGGCAGAAUGCAGCAAAAAAGUGUUAGUGUUUUCACCGGGUCUAAGGUGAGAGAUGAACCUCAUAUGCGAGACCAGGACUCUCGGAGUGCUUACUUCACUGAUUCAUCGAGCAACACUUCAGAUUCCAGGUCUCAGAAUGCCCCCCAAGAGUCAACAACAUUGCCAUUGUAUACUGAGGAGAAGGUUCCCUCAGCGUUCUAUGGGAAAAGAAGUGCAUCAGAGAUGUCCUCCACAGGUCCUUACCAAACUAUGCCUGGCUCCUACAAUGAACAAGAAGAGAGUCUGGAUUUGUCAUUUUCCUCUUCGUUUCAAAAGAAGCUCUCAACCACCCAUAAUGUUGACCCCUCCGUGUCUCCUCAUCGAGUAUCCCCUUUUCAGAAACCAGUCUUGACUCAUCCCGAUUCAAGAAUGACAUCACUGUGCGACCAAAGGCUGAGAAGUGCAUCAUUUGAUCUGAGGGGUGCCGCUACAUCAUAUGAUCUACAUGUACAGCCAAGUAGUGAAUUCAGAAGUAUGAGUGGUAAUGGUGAUAUGGACCUACAGUUUCCUCAUUCGCAGACAUCCCCAUAUGGCAGCCCCUCUCCAAGUCUCAGUCGUCCUUGUCGAUACACCCCCCGACCUUGUGACUAUAGGGUUAUGCCUCAAAGCUCACCACACUCACACAUGAACAGUGAGUCACCGCUCCCAACAAUGCCUCCCACUCAAGGACACCCACAAUAUUUUGAGCCUCAGCGUUCUCCUUUUUCUGCACCUGAUGUACAGCUCAACGAUGCCUCUGGUCAUCAUCAUCAUCAUCAGACUCAUCAGAUUCUUAUCCCUCCGAGUCAGCGAAGUCCAUCUCCUUACGUUGAUAAUGCUGCAGACCACCAAAAGGUGUUCUCACGAGAACCAGAAAAUGCUGAGACGUCUUGGCAGUUCAGGGCCAUCUCAACAUCUCCCAGUCCCAAGUGUGUAGACGGAUGGUCACAUCGUGUUGGGAGGAGGGGUUCCUCCAGUAGCCAAGGCACCAGAUCUUUGACACCCAGCCCGGCUCGAUCAGGGACAAGUAUGAAAACACCAGUUCCAACCUCGGGCCGACAGUCAGCGAACCUGGAAAAAGAGCAGCGAGUACAAGAGCAGUCACCUGUUGCUGGAGCAAGGGAGUCUCCAUCAUUGAGCAGGAAGCUGGAAACCCCCGUUUCAAUUGACUCAGUCACUGCUGAGGACGCCAAAAAGUCAAUGUCUCUUGGGGCUGUAGAAUUAACGCACAUCUGCAUGCUGGACAGGGCCAAGUCGGACAUCUAUGAGCCAGAACUCUUUAAAGACGUUGAAUCAGGCUGGGAUCGUUCUAUGGAGCACUUUGACUUCCAUGCCAAGUGCAUUGUGAGAUUUGCUAAAAAGAUCUGUGGUUUCCGCAGCCUUGAUAUUAACGACCAAGUGUUACUGCUACGGAUGGCAACCUACAGCCUGGUUCUUUUAAAUCACAGCAGAGGAUAUGACGUAGCCACAGGGUUUUACACUUACUUUAACUUCACCAAGAAAGAACAAACAAGAUUGAGGGAGUUGUUCCCAGACUUUGAAGUGCUGCACUCUCACUUCGCCCAUGCUGGGAUCGUGGCCAAAUGUCUUGGUAUCACAGACAUGGAAUAUGCUUACCUCUCCUGCCUUCUGCUGCUCAAUGAUGAACUUCCUGAUUUGGCAAAGGCAGAAGAAGUGAAAGAGCUGAGGGUACGAUUCAUGGGCUCAUUUCAAGAUUAUGAAAUUGACAACUUUCCUAAUGGCUCUCUACGAUUUGGUGAGAUGAUGCUCAGGCUGACUGAGUACUACCAGUUUUCCAUGCAGCAUAAUACAGCUGUAGGCAAUAUCUUAUCCAAGCACCCUCACCUGGCAGUACCUCAACUAUAUGCAGAGAUGUAUGCAUCCUGAAAAGACAUCCACAUUGAUGCUGCCAGGGGGCACAGCAAUUUCAAAUCAACCAGUAAUUGAAAUUUAAAACUUUCAGUCCGUUCUAUGACUGUACCCUGUAAAAGAACUUUUUACUUUUUAAAAUUAUUGUUUUAUUGUGAACAAUAUUCAUGCUGUUUCGUACAGCCCUAAAUUUUCUGCUCUGACGAACUGUGAGUCGCAGUUAGUUUUUCUCAGUUGUUGGGAUUUGUCUUUCAUCUCAAGCUGUUUUGCAGAAUUUUUUAUGGGGUUUAUCCAUCCUUGGAUUAGUACCUAUGAGAAGUGUUGGCACUUGAGUAUUUGGCAGGCUUUGGAGUUUUUAAAUAUAAUUGUUUUCUUUAUUGUGUGGCAGCAUUGGUAGAGAAAUGAAGCGUAACCCUCUUGGACCUGAAAAAUCUGCCCUCAAGUGACCCGAGAAACCUGGAUCUUUUUUGGGGUGCUCAGGAAAGUUUAGGAUGGCCGUCUUCAGAUGUAUUUCUAAGAACAGAAUUUGAAAAUUAGCAUUAAAAGGAUACAUUUUCUGACAAGUGUUCAAAAUAGGGUUUUAGAAAAUACAGUUUUCAAAUAAGUAGAGAAUGAAAUAUUUUAGUUUAACAGGAGUAGAGGCAUCUUUGCAUCAACCCAAUAACACACAAUGGUGGAUAACUCCAAGAGUUUCACUACUGCAGUUGUCAUUUUUGUAGAGUUAUAUCCCUUGAAAAGUAACGUAUCAUUAUGUUCAAGUUAAUUACCAAUGCUUGGCUCACUUGCUAUGUGGAAUAGUUAUGGGACAGGAUGAAUGUUCAUAUGUGAUUGUGAAUUUCCAUGCAACUGAUUUUGACUAAUCGUGCAACAUGUGUAUGCUUAUGCGUUUCUUCCUGAAUAUUCAUGCAACAAAACCCCCUACUUCUUUUAAAAUGGUUCUGAACAACACUAACAAUAAAAAGUAACAAACUCACAUGUAUUAAAAGAGGCAACAACAACGAAACAGUUAGUUGGUUAAUGAUCCUUUAUAUCAUUCUGAAGACAUAUACCAAGAAGAAAAAACGUGUACAAGAAAAAUGCAUUAUAAACGAA